AUGAAGAAACCAUCAUCAUCUUAUGUUUUAUGGUGCAAAGGUCAAUGGGCUGAGGUUAAAAAAGAGAACCCAGAUGCAGAAUUCAAAGAAGUUUCAAACAUUUUAGGAUCCAAAUGGAAGAAUGUAACUGAAGAAGAUAAAAAACUAUAUGAAGAGAAAAAAUCUGAUAGAGAAGCUUACUUGCAGAUUGUUGGCAAAGAAAAGCGCGAGAACGAGGCUAUGAAGCUACUCCAAGAGGAUCAGAAGCAGAAAACUGCAAUGGAAUUGCUUGAACAGUACUUGCAGUUCAAGAAAAAAGGUGAAGGAGCGGGAUCAAUUGAAGCCGAAAAGGCCAUUGACAACAUUCAUAAGCAGGAAGCUUUACUGAUGCUUAAGAAGAAUGAGAAAAAUGAAAACAUAAUCAAGAAAUCGAAAGUGAACCAACAGAAGAAAAAGAAGCUUAAGGGUGAAACCAUUGCAGUAGACCCUGAUAAACCAAAGAGGCAUGCUUCCUCAUUCAUUCUAUUCAGGCAAAAUUUCUUAACAUCAAGGAGAAUACUAGGAGGUGGGAAUAUUGGAAAUGCUUGUGCUGCUCCCUUGGCCUGUUCUAUUGAUAUCCUGGUUACUUUGGAGCUUACACCAUAG